AUGCAAUUCAAAAACAUUCUCGUUUUGGCUUUCGCCGGUGCUGUUAUGGGUCAAGGAGCCUCCGUCAGCUCGAUCCUCUCGGCCGCCACAUCCGACGCAAGCAGUGUCGUCAACUCCGUCACCUCUACUGCCUCCACCGCAGCCGAAAGUCUCUCAUCCUCCGUCUCCUCGGCCGAAUCAUCCAUCAGCUCCGCCCAAUCAUCUGUUGAAUCAUCCCUCUCAUCCCGCGCAUCUUCAGCUGCUACUCUCACCGGUUCAUCUGCUUCUUCCGCUUCCUCAUCUAUUGCUUCCGCUUCAGGCUCUGCUGCUUCGAGCGCUUCUUCUAAGUCUGCCUCGGUGUCUUCUUCGGCUAGCUCUGCUUCUACUUCUACUGGUGGUGCUGCUAUUCAAACUGGUGCUGUGGGAGCUGCUGCUCUCUUUGGUGGUGCCGCUAUCUUUGCUGCUGCUUUGUAA